AGGAUGAAGACGGCUCUGCUCCUCCUCCUUGCCUUGGCUGGGGCCACUAGCCCAGCCUGGGCCCUCCGAUGUCACGUGUGCAGCAGCAGCACUAACUGUAAGCAAUCUCAGACCUGCCCAGCCAGCUCCAACUAUUGCAAAACGGUCACCACAGUGGACGCUCUGACUGGGAACCUGGUGAAGAAAGAAUGUGUAGACUCAUGCACUUCCAACAACAGCCAGCAGGGCCAGAUCAGCAGCGGUUCCUGGGUCAUACAAUGUUGCCAGGGUGACCUGUGCAAUGAGAAGCUGUACAGCGCUGCACCUGCACGUGCCCUGUUCAGCAGUGCCAACCUGUGCCUGGCAAUGAGCCUGGGCCUCCUCGCUCUUACCGUUCUUGGCCUGUAA